CAUCACGGCCUGCCCCGCGAUUGGCGGGGAGCGGGCGGCGCGCCGGAAGUGCGUGCACGGCGCCAACCAGGAACGGAGCGGGGCUGCAGGCGCGCGAUGAGCAAAGGGCGGGAGGCCGCGGCCGGCGGAGGCGCCGCCGCCGUGCUGCUGCGGUACCUGCGGGAGCAGAACCGGCCGUACAGCGCCCAGGAUGCCUUCGGGAACCUGCAGCGGGAGCACGGGCUGGGCAAGGCGGCCGUGGUGAAGGCGCUGGAGCAGCUGGCGCAGCAGGGCCGCGUUCGCGAGAAGGUCUACGGCAAGCAGAAGAUUUACUUCGCCGAUCAGGAGCAGCUCCCGGCCGCCAGCGAUGCGGAGCUCCGCGGGCUGGACGGGGAGAUUGCGGCCCGCUCCGGGCAGCUGCAAGCGCUGCAGCAGAGCUGCCGGCACAUGGAGGCGGAGCUGAAGGACUUGAACAGCUCCAUGACAACCCCUGAGAUUGCCAAGGAGAUCGAGGCGCUGAGGAAGGACUGUGCCAGUUACACGGAGAAACUGGAGAGGAUUAAAACUGCUACCAACCAUGUGACUCCGGAGGAGAAAGAGAAGGUGUGCCGGGAGCAGCAGCUGUACCGCCGGGAGUGGCGCCGGAGGAAGAGGAUGGCCACCGAGCUGCUGGAUGCCAUCCUGGAGGGCUAUCCCAAGAGCAAGAAGCAAUUCUUUGAGGAGGUUGGGAUAGAGACAGACGAGGACCACGGCGUGGAGCUGCCAGCGGCCACGUGAGGUGCUGGGGGAGCCUUUGUUCUGGGGAGAAGCUGCUGCAGAGCUGCCUCUGAAACUCGGCUGUUGGGUUGUUCUUUUUCUCUUUUUGCAGGACUGGGAUUUGUCCAGUGUAUUUAUUUGGUUUUGUUUUAAAAUGUUUUGCAGUUGGAAGGGUGGUGGGUAGCAGUAACUUAGGCACUGGCUCUCUCCUUGCAGUGGAAUGUUGUUUUUUCCUGCCCCCAGUGUGGCUGGGGGGACACAUGGGGCACUGGUGCUGUGUCCUGGUGUUCUGGUAAGGAGAAGCAGCGAGGGACUGUCUGGGCUCCAGAGCUCUGUGUGUGUUCCUGCUGCGUGCCUGAGUGGUGACAUGACAAUAUGAUGCAUUAAACUCCAGGAUUUUGGUUCAGCUGCA